AAUAUACAGGAUAAUAUAGAUAUAGCUGAAGAUUGCUUCUCCCAUCGUGUUUACAAUUUAUGUAACUAUACAAAAGAAUCACUACGUUCACAGUAAGAAAAGGAUAACCACCGUGAAAUCAGAAAUAUAUCAUAAAAAAGAACAUCGCCCACAGACCAUAGGAAAAACUCAAAGCAUUACUUCCACGCAACCAACCUCCACACCUUAAUAAAACAAAACAAACCCAAACUUACAAACCCCCCACACAUAAAAAAAAAACACACAUACACCCAAACCACAAAAAAAGCAAACUUAAAAAAACAAAAUAAUCCCGUGUCCCCCCACCCUGGUAAUCCAAUACACGAAAACAGACACUUUGACGUUUACAGCUGUCAAUAAUAACAUCUGCGAGCGAGGCGACCGACAUAUGCGAGCUCGCGUCCGGUGCUUCGCCCUUUUAUAAAAAGAAUGUGGCUGCAGUUGAAGGAAUAAAAGAAUCCUGUGUUGGAUUCACCAAACUGCUGUUCUAGGAAAUCAACAAAUUUUACAUCCACAAUGGAGGAAGUUUUGGAACAGUUGAUUAAGGAGACUUCAUCCAAUAAGCACAGCCACAUCAAGCAAGUAUGCCAGGAAGCCUCAGACUUGCUGGAGUCCCAGACUGGGUUGCUGCGGUCACCACCUCAUGAACUGAGAGAAAUUUGCCUGAAAGCAUUGCAGCUCGCCUUAGAGACUAGAAUAUCGAAGCUUGUUACUCUGGCUACAUCAGGAUUCUAUAAGCUGCUACGUGAUACACAGUUUCACAGUGGUUACGAAGAGGAUGACGAGACCACUUGGCUACCGUCACAGUUGUUGGCAGCUGUUCAGAGUCUUCCACUUCAUACAGAGGACAAUCAGGUGGAACUGCUGAAGGUGCUGCUGAAUAUGAGCUGUGUUCCUGGCAUUAUUCUGUCUGGCCAGAUAGUGACACAGAUAGUUGGAGUGUGUGGCUUGGCAUAUGGCAGAGGAGGUGCUCCCUUGAGAACUGCUGCUCAGUCUGCUGCAUCGCAAGCAAUAUCCCAUCUGGUUAAGCAACUUCGAGAAGAAAGCUGCGAGCAAGAGAAUAUUCUGCAAAAGAAACUUGGAAAAGAUGCGGAAGAAAAGAUUGGGGAGGAUGAGAAUGAGGAGGAAGAGUCGGAAUACAUAGCGCCUGCUUAUGAUGAGAUUGUACCUGUUAUAAAUCUCAUUGCUGAGAAAUUAGUUGAAGCAAAUAAGCACGACGCCGCUUAA